AGUAAGAGCUGUUCAGCAGUGGAAUUUGCUACCAAGGAGUGUGGUGGAGUCUCCUUCUUUGGAGGUCUUUAAGCAGAGGCUUGACAGCCAUAUGUCAAGAAUGCUUUGAUGGUGUUUCCUGCUUGGCAGGGGGUUGGACUGGAUGGCCCUUGUGGCCUCUUCCAACUCUAUGAUUCUAUGAAAUCCUUGCUACAUUUAAAUAUACGUAUAAACAUCCAGAAUUUCUUGCAGCUGAGGUCAGCGGGGCUUUGCUCCCAGGGGGAUGAGGAUUGCAACCCUAAGAUGUAGAGAGCAUGUGUGGUUUUGGUGCAACUGGCAGCCUGAGCUGGUGAAGCUCCUGGAGCAGAGCAGCAAAUCAGAAGUUCAGCAAGACAUUGCACUACCUACGCCCGGGAAACCGAAAGUUAAAAGUUGUGCUUUGAGGAAGAAAGGCAGCCCUGCAUUCUGACGCUUCCAGGCAACUCCCCACCAGGGAGAGGAAACGGGGAGGAGGGUGUCUGGCCGAUCAGCUUCCGCCUCUCAGUUCCUCCUCCAGCGCCAAAACAUUCCAAGAGGGCUUGCAAACCAAGUUUGCAAAGGAAAAUCCAGCUCUUUUUUUUUGCAGCUCCGUGCCAGAUUCCCGGGGCUUCAGCUGCCACCAAGCCCAAUGGUGCUGCCUGGAUCCGAUCGGUGCCGAGUCCCAAAUAUACCAGGUUAGCAAAGGCUGAGCUAGGUGCAGCAGCGACACAGCCCAAGGCCUUUUCAGACGCUCCUAUUUGAAAUCAGGCCUUUUAUGCAGACCCCAUGAGGACUAGAAGCUUAUUUUGGUUUUAGGAAAGGGCUGUAGUUAAGCAGCAGAGCCUGCAAAUGAACCCACCCCCGGUAAAUCUGACAAGCCCCUGCCUGUCAGUUUAGCGGAGGGUUGCCAGUCUUUUUCGAGCUACUGGGCACAUUUGGAAAUGUUGGGUCCGGCGCGAACACCAGCCAAACUGCAUGCGGCAAGAAGGAAGGAGUGAGGCCAUAACCAAGGUUGCCAGCACAUGAGUCACCUUUAAGGUUUGCACAGAAGACAAAACACCAAACCAAAAAAAACCAGAGGGCAAAGAUGGUGGGCUGAUGACGUCUCCUAUUUCUCGAAAGUUUCGGUGAAGAUCUGAGUAAGAGGUGGUGGACAAAAUCUCACUGGGAAAAGGCUGAUGGCCUGCCGGCAUGGUGGAGAACCUCCCUCUGCUGCCACGCUUCCACCCCUCCAGGCCCCAAGAUGCUCUUCCAACUGGGGCGUUGGCCUCGCCAAACCGUUCGCCAAGACAGCAGAGGGCUGUACGGCACCUCCGAGCAUGGAGGGCAUCUUCAGGGUCUUGGCCACAAUCCCGGGAGAGAGACUGGUCCAGUACAAACACAAGCUGAGCUACAGCCGGCAAGGUGGGAAGAGUUGCAGGCUCCUACAGGCCAUGAUCCUCUUGACCCUGGGCAGAGAGACGGAGGCCAGACUGAGCCUGGAAGCGUUGGAGAAUUGUGCUGCCGUGGCAGACAUCUACAAGAACCACCAGCAGAGCUCUGCAGCCAGCAGGGCCGAUCCAGCCCCCUUAAACCAGGAUGCAGAAGUGGCGCUGGCUGUGGCCCGGAUCUAUUCGUUAUUAGUAGAGGAAAAGCUCUGUGGGCCCCUGGCCAGAGACGAGGCUUACCGUAUCGCCAUCAAGGCUUUCCUUGAGAGUGAUGUCCCAAGGUCUACUUUCGAGAGCCUCUUGAGCGAAGCUCAGCAGAAGUGCGGGCUGGAUUUCAUGCCUGCGGCGGCAAGCAACACCUUCAGCACUCCAAGAUGCGGUGUGGGGAGGCCUCCCUCUGGAGCAGCAAAGAGCUCGCCCAUGCCAGUUUUGCGUUCCUGGGCUCCCUCCGAAAUCCAGCCUCUGCGCUCCACGGGCAGCCCGGCUUCGCUGCUCAGCCACCUGGAGAUCAGCCAGUCUCCAACGUUGCCGUUCCUCACCCAUUCCAUUCAGCAUGGUGUCCCUGAGCCCAGCAAGCUGUGUGGCAGUGGCCCCGGCUCCCUGGUGCAGCAAGGAGAAGGGGGAGCCGCUGUUGAGUUUCCAGCCAAUUCUUGCUCUGGGAGACCAGCAGAGCCCGUUGUGCAAGACCAGGAGAAAACCAGGCAAACCAGCGAUUCCAGAGGCAACCAUUCUGGCUUGUCGGUUCAGCCUCCCCAUAAAAGUACGCAGCCGCUGGAAGAUGGAGAAAACAGGGAACCCCGAAGUCUGGUGGCCUCGGAACCGCAGGGUUGUGCAGGAGGUUCGUUCCAAAACUCACAAGCGCCACCCACACCUCUGCCUGGUUUAGCACUUUCUGCAACGUUUGUUCCAAGAACCGUGGAAGAUUCCUCUUCCCCGAAGCAGAGCUUGGAGACUGGGUCCUCUUCAAGCUCUGGCCCUCCUCCUCCUCGUUCAUCAGGACCCCCCUCGACAGAUCUGCCAGCUGAGGAGCAACCCUUCUUCACUUUCGUUGUGGUCCAUGCCCCCGAAGACGAGACAGUCGCCUGCCAGGUGAGGGAGCGGCUGGAGGCCCUGGGCGUUGCCGACGGGGCGACUGUCAGCGAGGACUUCCUGGUCCCUGGGCACUGCCAGCUCAGCUGCUUCCAGGAUGCCCUGGAUAACUCUGCCUUCACCCUCCUCCUCAUGACGGAGAACUUCAAGAGCCGCUUCUGCGCCUUCCAGGCAAACGUGGCCUUGAUGGACUCCUUCCAGCGCUUCUGCAAGACCAACUCGGUGGUGCCCUUCAUUGCCAAAGAGAGCCCCAUGAAGAGGCGAGAGAUGCCUUGCCUGCUUGCGGCGAUCGUGCCGCUGGAUGAGACCUCGCCCGUCUUUGCCAGGCGGGUCAAGAAAACGUUCUCCCCAGCGGUGAUCCGGGAGAAGAGGGCCCUGUGGGAUAUCUCAAGGCAGAUCCGGAACCAGGAGCGCUUGAAGGAGCAGCAGAGCGAUUACAGCCAGGCCCUGCAGCGCCUGUUGGCCCUCAGGGUCAGUUCGCAAGGUCCGAUGCCCUCGCAGAGGGGCUUUCUGGGGCUGCAAGCCCCACCUGACCAGGGCUCGCAGCCAUUUUUCUACUCUGAAAGGCCUCAACCUCAGCUGGGGCCUGAUCAACUCUCCCAUCCAUAUGUGUUCUCCCGGGGUUCCCCGGGGCUCAUGUCUGGGGCACCUCCAUCGCACCUCAUAAUCCAGAAUGCCCAAAUGGUCCAGAUCGGAGACUACAACCAGAUGCAGGUGGAGAAGGCAGGUGCGGCGGCAGCACUCAGCGCAGAAGAGGAAGAAGGUGGUUCGGACGGGAGAGAGAGACCUGGAGGCUGAAGCUCAAAGUGCCCGCACCUCUUUGUGGCGUUGUGAUCAGGGGCACGGCCACAUUUAGAAACUCUGUUCUGCUCCUCGUCGACCCAAAAUGGGCAUCAGAAGAUAUGGAGAGGCAGCAGGAAAAGGGAGCCCUCCUGGAAUGAGUUGGUUCGGUUUAACGAAGUUUGUCAAAUCACAUCGGAAAUGUCUGAACGACACCCAGAAGCAGUUUGCGUAACUCUCAGGGGAAGCAAAUGAGAAUCAAGUUCAUUUUGGAGCAGAACAAUUUCUCGCCGGUUGCCUGAUUUGAGUUGACUUUCUUGCCGCUUUUUGACAAUGAGCUACACCCGACGUGACUUGCGGCAAACAUUCAAAACAUCAGAAUGCUAAUACAGCCGUACCUCAGAAUUUGAAUGCCUUGCGACUUGAAUGUUUUGGCUCCCGAACGCCGCAAACAUGGAAGCGAGUGUUCCAGUUUGUGAACGUUCUUUGGAACCUGAACUUCCGACGCAGGUUCUGCGGGUUCCGAUUGGCUGCAGGAGUUUCCAAUCUGAAGCUGCACCUUGGUUUCUGAACGUUCCAGACAUUCGGAACGGAUUCCGUUUGACUUCCAAGGUACGACUGUAUAUGAAAUACAGAGCAUGUCAAAACUGACAGAAUACAAUUUAACAAACAGAAUGAGUUCAACAUUGCCAAAAACAAGAAAACAAAACACGCAGCAAUCUAGGUAUAAGUCCAUAUAAGCCAGUGUUUCUCAACCUUGUGUCCCCAGCUGUUGUUGGACCUAUAUCUCCCAUCACUCUUGACUGUCUUGCUAGUCCCUGGCUAGUCUUGCUAGCUAGGGAUGAUGGGAAUUGUAGUCCAGCAACAGCUGGGGACCCAAGGUGGAGAAACACUGAUAAGCAAAGCAAAAUUGAGAGUUAACUGACAAUAAAGAAUGGGUAUAGUUCAGGCAUCCCCAAACUGCGGCCCUCCAGAUGUUUUGUCCUACAACUCCCAUGAUCCCUAGCUAACAGGACCAGUGGUCAGGGAUGAUGGGAAUUGUAGUCCAAAACAUCUGGAGGGCCGAAGUUUGGGGAUGCCUGGUAUAGUUCAUCUCUAAGUUUAUUCUCUUACCUGUGCUUUUGACCUCUUAAGGACUUCAACCCUAAAGACCAUAAUAGUUGGGGGAAAAUAAAUUAAACUGUUCACAUUCCACUCUGUCUCUAUUCACUCCGCUGCUUUCUUAGGGCACUUUUGGCCUAAUCAAUUUGUUCCCUGGCUUCUAUUUGGACACGAUUUUAACCUGGAAUUUUCCUGCCCAUUUCCCCAGUUUUCCACAAUUUGCUGGUUCAGGCCACCCUGUCUCUCUGGAAGCUGCUCCACACAAAAACACUCCCAUCAAAAACAAAAACGGACAAAGGUAUCCACGUAAAGCUGACAGAAGUGCUUUGAAAGUGGAGCCAAUAUCCUUUUCGUAUUUUCUGAGGACAGGGAAACACAGGGUUUAGCAGGGUGAAAGUUUGGGACAGCAGCUGUUUGCAGCGAACAUUGUAUGGGCAAAGGGGGAAUUAAAAUAUGUGUGUUAAAGGAUCAAAGCAAUGGGUGCUACCACCCCCUAGGGUCGGUGGGAUGACCCAGGGGGCGCUAAUAGGUGAGGGGGGGAGCUGGGGACGCUGGAGGUUCAAAUGAAUAUCGGACUUCGAAAAGCUGGUAUCGCUGGAUCAAGUUCACGAGUCUCUCUGAAUUAAUUAAACUCAAUACUUUCAACUGGA